CCCCCAAAACCCUAGCUUCGACCAAGCCUAUCUGGCUAUUAUAUAAGCCUCAAACAACCCUUUCCAUUCCAAACCUGGGCGGCUCCGCAGAACCCUAAUCCACAGUUAAGGAGGGAAAAGGUAAGAAGAAUCAGCAGCGAUGGCGGUACCUUUGCUUUCGAAGAAGAUAGUGAAGAAGAGGGUCAAGAAGUUCAAGCGACCCCAGAGCGACCGAAAAAUCUCCGUCAAGACCAAUUGGCGCAGGCCUAAGGGUAUUGACUCUCGGGUCAGGAGAAAGUUCAAGGGAUGCACUUUGAUGCCCAAUAUUGGGUAUGGAUCUGAUAAGAAGACUCGCCAUUAUCUUCCCAAUGGUUUUAAGAAGUUUGUUGUGCACAAUGUCAGUGAGCUUGAGUUAUUGAUGAUGCACAACAGGACUUACUGUGCUGAGAUUGCACACAACGUGUCCACAAAGAAGAGAAAAGAGAUAGUGGAGCGUGCAGCUCAGCUAGAUGUUGUUGUUACUAACAAGCUUGCUAGGCUGCGGAGCCAGGAGGAUGAAUGAGCUUUUUGGCUUUCAUGCGCUGAACUUGGUUCAUUUUGAUUAUCAUGCCUUUUUGUUUACGCUAUCCCUUGUUAGUAACAUUGUAAUUUUGACAGAUGAGAUGGUUUAGAGCGUUCUAUAAUGUCUCAUGCAUACAGAUAUACAAUAUGGUUAGUGCAUUUAUUUUUAUGUAGUAAAGUGAUUUUGUCUUCUUAAGUUGAUAUCCUUGGGAUUUUUCCUGAA